AUGAUCAAAUUCUCGGCUUUCGUCCUUUCAGCUUCUCUUCUCCUUAUGGCUCAAGCAAAUCCCAUUGGGAAAAACCAAGGAAAUCAAGAAUCCAUUGUCAAGCCGAUGCCUCAAAUGGUUGAACAGAUCCCCAACAACCCGGCAGUCCAUCAGCCGUCUAACUUGGAGGGAUGCGAUAUCCAAUGUGGACCCGGCGCUUGUUGCUUUUUGCGAUGCGGAUGGGGUGGAUGCUUCCCCGAGAAUGCAUAUAUUCAAGUCGCUCAACUGCGCUUUGUGCAGCGAUCCAUUUGCCCGAAUCGCCAACCAGCCUCGAUCACCGUGGAGACUCGGCUGUGGAUUGAUAAUUUGUCAGGCGUGUUACGACAAAGAAGUCUGCAGGCGUCCUGCUUCAACUAUUCCAACUUUGCAUAUUCUCUCAUUGAUGUUUUAUCUCAAGAAGAUGCCUUGACACUUGCUCCGAACGAAAGUGGGUAUGUGCUCUCAAAGCCCUUCAAAAUUCCUGAAUGCUCAAUCUGCCACGAUGAAUAUUCUAAUGAGAUUGAAGGAAAGAAAUCAUCUGUUUUCUUGUCAGAAAUAGGUGAGACAAUCGAUUGUCCUGCUUGUAACCGCCGUUGUUAUGAAAUCUCGAACCCAGAGGAAAAUCGAUUUAACGAUUUUCUGAAUGAACUGCCCAAAAUGACAGAACAAUUGCAAGAAGGCGUAAAGGGUCGUAGUUGUGAUGACUGCCAGAAAGAGAACGAUGUCGAUCAGAUGCUUUAUUGUUCCAAAUGCAGCUCCAAAUCUUGCGGAUUUUGCGCUUAUAAAAAACAUCAUUCACACAACGCAAUUCCUUUAUUGGAGAUGACGGCUGGCGAGAUGUCGAGGGAAUUUGGAAAAGUCAUCAAAACGUAUGCGGAUGUAUUCCCGGUGUUGCACAAGGAGCUUCUGGAGGACAUCAGUGCUUUGAUAAAGAAGUUGACUUUAAAUGAAGAAACCCUCAAGGAUGCUUCAUCUACAGCCGUUUUACAGGAAAAACAGUUGACGUUCACGAAGUUGAAGACGGAUUUUGAAGCGACGGCUGAGAAAUAUUUGCCAGAAUUGCGCAAAAUGGAUACAAAAGUCAAGGAAUUGAUCCGAGCGCUCGACAAGCCCGACACACAA